GCCGAGGCUGUUCUGGGGAAUCCCGUGACUUCCCCGGAGCAACCCUUCAAGAGCAGUAAUCCAGGCUCUGGUCUCACUUCCUCAUGCAUCUGCUGAGAGAAUCCUAGUUUUGAGUUUUACUGCUCGAAUCUCCUCUCCUUUCUUUUUCUAAAAUGGCAUCAAUUACCCGUGCUCUUCGGCCCUUGUCCCGUGCCGGCCCUUUACGCUUCGCGGCAAGCCGACGACUGCCUAUCCGGCCGUUGCUAUGGUAGGUAUUCUUUUCUCUCUCUCUCUCUCUCUCUCGGCUGUUUCUAGAAUAAAAAACUGUUCCUUACCCUGUUACCUUGUUUAAUAUUUGUUAACUUGUGGUCUGGUUUCAUCAGUGCCUCUUCAUUCUCUACGACUUCCCGCAGGCGAGAUGUCGACCUCACCGGUCUCACGCCUACUCCGAUCACGUACUUCUCGGAAACUGAAUCGUUGAUGGCGGAGACUGUAGCCAAGUUUGCUCAGGAGCAGAUUGGACCCAAGGUCCGGGAGAUGGACGAGGCGGAGAGCAUGGACCCGGCCGUUGUGGAGCAGCUGUUCGAGCAGGGAUUGAUGAGCAUUGAGAUCCCCGAGGAAUACGGCGGUGCCGGAAUGAACUUCACAUCAGCCAUCGUGGCCAUCGAGGAGCUGGCAAAGGUCGAUCCCAGCGUCAGCGUCAUGGUCGAUGUGCACAACACGCUCGUCAACACGGCUGUCCUGAAGUAUGCUUCGGAGCAACUUAAGCGGGAUUGGCUACCCAAGCUGGCUACUGGUACCGUCGGGUCUUUCUGUCUGUCUGAGCCGGUCUCCGGGUCUGAUGCAUUUGCUCUGCAGACCAAGGCUGAAAAGACGGCGGAUGGAUACAAGAUCAAUGGCUCCAAGAUGUGGAUCACCAAUUCCAUGGAGGCUGGAUUCUUCAUUGUCUUUGCCAACCUCGACCCCAGCAAGGGGUAUAAGGGAAUUACGGCUUUUAUCGUUGAAAAGGAUACCCCCGGUUUCUCCAUUGCGAAGAAGGAGAAGAAGCUCGGUAUCCGGGCCAGCAGCACCUGUGUGCUCAACUUCGAUGACGUUGUCAUCCCCAAAGGCAAUCUCCUUGGAGAAGAGGGCCAGGGAUACAAGAUUGCCAUCGGUAUACUGAACGAGGGCCGUAUUGGCAUUGGUGCCCAAAUGACAGGUCUGGCGCUCGGUGCCUGGGAGAAUGCUGCCUAUUACGUUUGGAAUGACCGCCGCCAAUUCGGCCAACUCAUUGGAACAUUCCAGGGCAUGCAGCACCAGCUUGCUCAAUCCUACACGGAGAUCACGGCGGCGCGCGCUCUCAUCUACAACGCCGCACGGAAGAAGGAAGCCGGUCAGGACUUUGUCCAGGAUGCAGCUAUGGCGAAACUGUACGCGUCGCAGGUUGCUGGCCGGGUGGCCGGGCUAGCGGUCGAGUGGAUGGGCGGCAUGGGCUUCGUCCGCGAGGGCCUUGCGGAGAAGUUCUUCCGCGACAGCAAGAUCGGGGCCAUCUACGAGGGUACGAGCAAUAUCCAGCUGCAGACUAUUGCGAAGAACUUGCAGAAGGCGUACACAAAAUGAGGUUUGAUCGAGUAGAGAAUAUGAGCAUAUAGGAUGGAUGACCUUUUAUACUACUAUGAUUAUUUUGGCUUGGAUAAAGCAUCAUGAUGACUAGGAUAGUUGUUGGUUUAUAGGUAGUUAUUUGUCUGGGUUGGACGGGAAUUUAUAAGAUAUCCAUAUUGAUACCAUCU